GUAACCGUUUCGUUGCUAGUAUAAGAAAAAAAAAAGAAGAGAAAAAAAAAAAGAAAUUCUCUUUCUUUCUCUUAUAUAUAUGAAUGGAGAGCACAACUGAAUUAACACCUCAUCUCGUUGAAUUCUUGACAGACAUCACUUGUUCAAAAAAGAGUACACUUUCAUUUAUAGGUGGUUUUAUUCUUGGACAGUUGAGUGUGGUUGUGAUUGUGAUUCUUGUUUUACGGUACUUAUUUACAGAAGAUGUGAAGCGCGUUAAAAAGGUAAUCCAUCAAGCAUGCUUUUGUUACUCAUAUUUCUACAGAGAUACAUUCCUUCUCGAUUAUCCAGCACACCUCCUUCUCGACUCAAUACACCUAUGCCAUUACCCAAAGAUCAUAUCACAUCCAAAACUUACUAUGAUUUAUUCCAUCAUCCCCCCGAAAGCACAGACUGGCUCAAUGUCUUAUUAGCCCAGGCUAUUUUACAGUAUAGAGAGGAUGCCAAACUCAAUGACCGACUUGUGUUGGCUGUGGAUGAGAUAUUGAAUGGAGGCGUCAAGCCUAAUUUCUUGGGUGACAUCCAUGUCACUGAAUUGAAUCUGGGUGAAGAGUUUCCCAUCUUCAGUAAUGCAAGGAUCCGAAGAUCCGAUGAAGCAGAUUCCAUGAGAGCAGAGAUUGAUUUCAAAUAUAAUGACCAAGCGACAUUGGGUAUAGAGACACAAUUGAUCUUGAAUUGGCCUGUUCAAGCAUUUGCUGCUUUACCCAUUUCGCUUGUCCUGUCUGUUGUUCGUUUUUCAGGCACACUCACAAUUGAAUUGAUCAGUCCUCCAGCAACCACAACUCAACCUGAAAUCCCAUUAGAGAGAUAUAUUGCCAUUUCUUCUUAUUCAGACUUUGUAUUAGACCUUAAAGUACAAUCCUUGAUUGGAUCCAAGACAAAAUUAGAAGAUAUACCUAAAUUACGAGACUUGAUUCAAACCAAGCUCAGAAAUGUGUAUAUAGAUAAAUUAGUGUAUCCUACUUUUGUUAAGAUCAAAGUGCCUAAUAUGUGGAAAGAAACACCAGAACAUCCAUUACAACCCACAGCAGCUGAAAAAAUUGAAGAGUUUGUUGAAGAAGUCAAAAAAAUAUAAAAAUAAAAAAAAAGUGUGUAACAGUCCCAUUCCCU